GCCAGGGCUGAGAAGAUGGAGGAGAUGGAGCAGGAGCGCAUCGGGAGGCUGAUGACCAGGCUGGAGGACAUGCGCCGCAGCGUGCUGGGCGACGGCGUGAACCGCUGCAUCCUCUGCGGGGAGCAGCUGGGGCCCAGGGGAUCUGCCUGUGUCGUCUGUGAGGACUGCAAGAAGAACGUCUGCACCAAGUGUGGGGUGGAGAGCACCAACAGCCGGCCUCACGCCAUCUGGCUCUGCAAGAUCUGCAGCGAGCAGCGGGAGGUGUGGAAGCGCUCUGGAGCCUGGUUCUUCAAGGGUUUGCCCAAGCAAGUGCUGCCCCAGCCGAUGCCUGUCAGCAAGAACAAGGUACCCCAAGCCCUGAGUGAGCCCAGCCCGUCAGAGCCACCCACCCAGGACCCAAAGCUGCCCUCCAGGGCACCCACCCGAGGCCAGGCAGAGCCAGGGCCCCCAGCCAAGCAGGACUCUGAUGGCAGCGGUGUGGCAGCCCCUGGCCGGGGCAGCGCCGUGGCAGCCGGGCGCAGAGCGGCUGAGGGCAGCGAACACGGCGCCGGGGACGCAGAGAGCGGGGUCAGCAGGAGCCCUGGCGUGAAGAGAACCAACUCCAUGCAAAGCGCACGGGCAGCUCCCCCAGCCGCCGCCAGCCCUGCGCCCGGCCCCAGCCCGGCAGCACCCUCAGUGACCCCAGCGCUGGCAGCCGCAGCCAGGGAGGAGCGAGGAGGGGGCUACGCCGUGCCCCCCGCCAGAGAGGAGCCCCAGCAGCCCCCCGGCGUCCCCAAGCCGCCCGUCCCGCCGGCGCCCCUGCGCCAGCCGCCCCCGCACGAGGAGGAGGAGGAGGAUGCCAACAGCUACGACUCUGACGAAGGCACCACGCUGGGAGCACUGGAGUUCAGCUUGCUCUAUGACCAGGAGAACAGCUCUCUGCACUGCACCCUCAUCAAGGCCAAAGGCUUGAAACCAAUGGACUCAAAUGGCCUGGCAGACCCCUAUGUCAAGCUGCACCUCUUACCUGGAGCCAGCAAGUCCAACAAGCUGAGGACGAAGACGCUGCGCAACACCCGGAACCCCGUGUGGAACGAGACGCUGGUGUACCACGGCAUCACGGACGAGGACAUGCAAAGGAAAACCCUCAGGAUCUCUGUGUGUGACGAAGACAAAUUCGGCCACAAUGAGUUCAUUGGAGAAACCAGAGUUUCCCUGAAAAAACUCAAAGCCAAUCAGAAAAAGAACUUCAACAUCUGCUUGGAGAGAGUAAUACCAAUGAAGCGAGCUGGAACGACCGGUGCCUCCCGUGGGAUGGCACUGUAUGAAGAGGAGGUAGAUCGUGGUGGGGACGUGGAGGAGCGUGGCAAGAUCCUGGUGUCCCUCAUGUACAGCACCCAGCAGGGUGGGCUGGUGGUGGGCAUCGUGCGCUGCGUGCACCUGGCUGCCAUGGACGCCAACGGCUACUCCGACCCCUUCGUCAAGCUUUGGCUGAAACCUGACAUGGGAAAAAAGGCCAAGCACAAGACACAGAUUAAGAAGAAAACAUUGAACCCUGAGUUUAAUGAGGAGUUCUUCUAUGACAUAAAACACAGUGACCUGGCCAAGAAGUCGCUGGACAUCUCCGUGUGGGAUUAUGACAUCGGGAAGUCGAACGAUUACAUCGGCGGCUGUCAGCUCGGCAUCACGGCCAAGGGGGAGCGUUUGAAACACUGGUACGAGUGUCUGAAGAACAAGGACAAGAAGAUUGAACGCUGGCACACCCUCCAGAACGAGAACCACGUUGCCAGUGAUUAA